UCAGAGGUAAUAUGUAUGAAUCACAUUAUAACAGAUCAUUAGUAAUAUGUUCAACUGAGUGUUCAUGCUUUAUAAAUAAUAGACUUGUGGUUGACAGGUAAUGUAUAGGACACCAUACAUCUUGUUGCCAUGGUUUCACUUGGCACAGGCAUGCAGGGCUGUUUUAAAGCUGAGCCUGUCAGAUUCAUAUCAACUAGUGGGGGGAAACGGUCAAGGGAGUGGUUGGUCUAAGAUCAGUUUAGUCACAUCAAGUCCUAAACUUCAGUAUUAGGGUGUAAUGCAAAACUGACCUUGGUUCAGGAAGACCUCUGUACAAUCAGCAGGGGAGGCUGCAGUUCUUAUGAAAUGCUGCAGGGGGCAGUGUGAGGGUGGAGGCGUUUGUUUUUUUUGGCUGUAGAGAGAGAGAGUGUAAUUCAGACUCUGUCAAUACCUGUCUGGAUUUUGUGAUUAAAGUGGAAAGAGCAAACGAAAACAAAUGUUUCUGUUAAUGUGCUCUAGAAGUGACUGUAGUGCCAAAGAGUUCUGCUUCCAAAAGAAAGCAACAACCAAAGAGUUCUGCUUCCAAAAGAAAGCAACAACCAAAGAGUUCUGCUUCCAAAAGAAAGCAACAACCAAAGAGUUCUGCUUCCAAAAGAAAGCAACAACCAAAGAGUUCUGCUUCCAAAAGAAAGCAACAACCAAAGAGUUCUGCUUCCAAAAGAAAGCAACAACCAAAGAGUUCUGCUUCCAAAAGAAAGCAACAACCAAAGGAAACCAAAGGCCUUACUUGUUGGGGUUGGCUUUGAGACCCACCUUAGAGGACGAGGUUGCUGCUUUGAGACCCACCUUAGAGGACGAGGUUGCUGCUUUGAGACCCACCUUAGAGGACGAGGUUGCUGCUUUGAGACCCACCUUAGAGGACGAGGUUGCUGCUUUGAGACCCACCUUAGAGGACGAGGUUGCUGCUUUGAGACCCACCUUAGAGGACGAGGUUGCUGCUUUGAGACCCACCUUAGAGGACGAGGUUGCUGCUUUGAGACCCACCUUAGAGGACGAGGUUGCUGCUUUGAGACCCACCUUAGAGGACGAGGUUGCUGCUUUGAGACCCACCUUAGAGGACGAGGUUGCUGCUUUGAGACCCACCUUAGAGGACGAGGUUGCUGCUUUGAGACCCACCUUAGAGGACGAGGUUGCUGCUUUGGUCAACUCUGGAGGAAAAUAGUAGGAGGAGAG